AUGUUUUAUAGAUGUGUUCGUACACACGAGUCCACUCUGUCUGCCCAGGCAAGCUCUAGCCCCAUCCCAACACCGAGAGCCGGUCACAGCCUCACACUGCCAGACGUGCAGACCACACGUCGGAUGGGCGAACUAGUUUAUGCACAUUUAAUCAAUGAUCUCUUCCGAGAAUUAGGCCUUGAUGGUUCGAACCUAGGCAGUCCCAUGGUCUCCGGCGGCGUUCAGGUCGCCUUCUCACCGUCUGCAGUCUCCCCACUCACCGCGUCCACUCGGUCUGUCUCUGGGGUUUCAGCCGGCACUCCUACUAUGACGACGACGACACCUCCGAUGGGAACCUCGCCCAAUUCCGCCUCUAGUACGUCUGUAUGCUCGUUUGCAUCCGUUACUUCCACUUCAUCUGCCGCCAUUAUUGCCUCUUCCGGUACUGCCGGCAUCAAUAUCAUGUCCCCAACCCCAUCGACAUCGGCUCCCGGCUCAGGACUAGGACCAUUGGCCUCUUCUGUGGUCCACAGUCCUGGGCUCAAAGGUCCCCCCGGAGACCAGAUGCACGGGCCAACCUCUUCUCCACUUGGCCUGUCGACUGUGCCCGUUUCUAGUCCUGCCAACGCCGGUGGAGACGUCAGCUGUGAGCCAGCUGAUCGACGCAGACGGCAACAACGACCUCGACUCGUCUUCACCAGCCAAUUGGCCAACGAAGCAGCUGCAGAAUACGCUCGCAGUGGACUCGCCAUUCGCCUCUUUCAUCCUGAUCACCAACAGUGGUGUCUUCAAGUUGGCUCGAGCUCUGGCCUACAGCCAGUCUCUCCUCUCCACCACCAGCACUCGGCCGUUCACACUCAACACCCACAAUUCUAUCAGCAACCGAUUGGGCUGCAUUCGCAGACGCACCAAUCGCGCCAACCUACGUCUCAACCCUGGUCAUCACCAACGGGUCCCAAGCCAACCCCAUGCCUUGACUACCUCGGUUCUUCUCGGGAGGCUAGACAGCAACAAGGACCGUUGUCGGUGACAGGCCAGAAGAAUCGCCCCGGACCUCCUGUUCUGACCAGCAAGUCUGGCAAGACGCAGGCCAUCCUUCAUUCUGCGACUGGUCGUCUCGAGGAGAUUUCCGAUUCUUUUGGCUUGCAUCAGCCCAUUUUGCCACCACCAUUGCCUCCUUUGCCUCUUUCACUUCCAUCCGGCCAACAGCAGCCACAACAACAGCAUACU